CGAACCUCAAAAGAGUACACGAUUUUGAGCAAACAUUUUUUUCUGGAAAGCGGGCAUAAACCUAUUUCAUCUCCAAUAACCACUUGCGGGAUAAUCUUUAACAGCAUUAUAUAGCUCUAAGCAUAAUACAACUCAGAAAUGUCUCACACAAUAUUGCUGGUUCAACCGGGGCCCAGGCCUGAGACCAGGACAUACUCAGACUACGAGAGCGUAAAUGACUGCAUGGAGGGCGUGUGCAAGAUCUAUGAAGAGCACUUAAAACGACGAAACCCUAAUACGCCGACUAUCACAUACGACAUUUCGCAACUGUUCGACUUUGUUGAUCAGCUUGCCGAUCUCAGCUGUCUAGUGUACCAAAAAUCCACCAACACAUACGCACCGUACAACAAGGAUUGGAUCAAGGAAAAGAUAUAUGUGUUGCUGCGUCAGGCCGCCGGACAGAGUGACUAGAGCGUUCAAACUGUGAUUAUUGUUCUACUUUGUCUUUACAUAUAUGACGUCCCACGGGUAAAGGUAGCUUAUGGCGGUUGGCGCUUACGCUAUUAUUAACGCCGCUCCUAUAAGCGGCGCUAUGCGACGUAAGCGCCAGCCGGCAUAAGGUACCUUUUUCCGUGGGACGUCACAUAUUACGCAUGAUCUAAGUUAACCCCUUUUCCAAGCCGUACCAACAACGUUUUCCCAAAAAAUCCAAAUAUAUACACAGAUAGACUAUCUAAACAGUGAAAUCGUGCUAAGUGAACUAUGAUUUAGACGCACCAGCAUCAGCUGCCUGUCUAAAACGAAAUAAUAAAAUAAUGAAUAAAAAUAAAUAUAUUCCAAUUCACAUUUUCCGAAAGUGCAAUCGAAUUUAAACUGUAAAUCGGAAUGCUAAAUUUGAAAAUCUUUUGGCGCGUAUGUGGUCGAUAUAUCGUACUAAGGAAAAGGGUUAAGUCACAUGAGCUUGCCGCCAAAAAGUUUCUGAUCCUAUAGAAAUGUAUGGGACAAAGUAUUAAAAUAAUCAUUUGUAUAAUGACCAGCACCAAUGCUCUCUAUAAUCUACAUUAGAUUUGUAUUAGUAUUAUAUUUGCAAUUGCGAUAGAUAUCAGAGAUAAAUAAAUACUAUUAUGUAGUGCUUAAUUAUUUUCCAUCGUAUUUUCACGGAAACGUACGAACGUGUCUUGCUAUUUCAGUCAGUCUCGGUACAAAAAGUACUGACGUUGACUGAAGUAGCAUGACAAUUACGAACGUUUCCGAGAAAAUACGAUGGAAAACAAUUAUGCACUACAUGUGUAAUCUUUGUUAAUAGUACUUUAUGUGACUGCUACAUAAAGAAAGGCAUUAAAACACGAGUGUGUUUAAGAAACGAGCAGAAGGCGAGUUUCAUAAUAACAUCAUUAGAGUUUAUGCUUACCGUACACACACUGCUUUAUAUAUACACAAAUAAAUAUCUAAUCCCCUAAUAAACGCACUAAAAACCUCAAUUAGCUAACAAUCGUUUGUUCUUAUCUGUCAUUUUGACUUAUGUAUUUGUGAGAAAAGGACAAAUCAUAAUUUGACUAAAUCAGGCCCGUAAACUUUUAUGAAUAAAGGGGUAAAGAUGUGCUGUAUUUUUUCAAUUUCAUACUCGAGUGAUAAAAAAUUUAAAACAUUGGUGUGUUCGUAAACAUUGUAUUGAUAUGUUAUACUGCGGUCAUUAUCUUGCACGCAAUAUAGACCACCCGUCCCUUUCUAAUGAAUACAGUUAAAAAGACGUAGUUUGUCUCUCGCGCGACUUUUGCGGCGCACUUGUGCUAUGUCUUCCAGUAAAGCAGCAUUAAUACUAAUACAGAAAUACUGUGGAUUAUAGGGGCUUUUAUUUUAAUAAGUAGGAGUUAUUUUAUAUUGUGAAUCAUAAUAUAAAAUAAAGUUGAAAGGGUGUUUGUAGAAAUAUUGCUAAAUGUCACUGAAAUUCUUUAUUGAAUCUUGCCCAGUUAAAAAAAAACUGCUGCAUUGCAAACAAUUAUUAAUUUGUCAGUAACUGGCCACCCCAAACCAAAAAUGAAUACUAUUCACCUAUAAAUAGAAUUCGUUUUAGUAUAAGGUGGCCAGUUAUUGUAACCUUAUACUAAAAUGAAUUCUGUUUAUAGGUGAAUAGAAUUCAUUUUUAGUUUAGGGUGGCCAGUUACUGGCGAAUUACCCUAUUGUCAUGUUUCUAUCCUUAAUUGAAAUUCAGGAUUUUCCCGUGUGUUUUAUAAGAACAAAAUUUAGUACUAGCAUUUCAAAUCUUAAGUCUGCAGUAACAAAGUGUGCAAGUGCUAUUGUUAACAUAAUACUUUCAUAGUAAUUUUACGUUUAUGGUGUCACUUUACACUCUGUCACUGAAGUGUGCACAGUUAACUUGGUCUCACUUUAUCUGUUUGAUGCUGGCGUUGUGUGUUUUUUCUCACUUUUAAGUGCAAUUUUUGCAAACAUCCUUUGACACAUUAAAUUUUCUUUGACAUCUAGAAUAAGUUUACUAAAAAACAUGAAGAACGCAUUGUCAUCUCCACAGAAAUAUUAAAUUUAGGUAGUUUAUUAAAGCAAGGACGCAAAGCACGAAGAAUUUCGUACAUUGACCCCCUCCUGUUCCUGUCUCUAUUGCACGCGCAUUAUUGUGUUGCUGACCCGCUCGCACAGUGGCAUUGACCGCCGGCAUCACGAGCGGGACACCAAUAUAAUUAGAAUUAUACCAAGAUAAGUCGGCAGCGAUUUUGAUAGCCCAGACUGUGCAAGUGUUAUUUUAAACGUAACGCUUCUAUGAAACUAUGACGUAUAAAUAACGCUUGCACUGUCUGCUGUCUAAACGUUGCAGUUGUCUUGGUCAAACUACGCGCGUGCAAAAAAGAUAGAAACAGGCGGGUCAUUGUACGAAAUUCUUCGUGCUCGGCGUCCUUACUAUAAUGUAAAUUUUGCAUUGAACUUCAAUGGUGUGUGUGAUUGACGUUUUCUAUGUACGCCAAAUCUUGUAUAUUAUCUUUGGAAAAUUGUAAGGGUCCACUGUGUAUAUGCGUCUCAUAUUUUGCUUAGUGAGAGAGUGAGACGCAAGGCGCAUUGAACAAAGAAAUUGAGAUGGAUACCAACCUAAGAUACGGUCAUGGGGUCUUUUUAACAAUUAAAAUUAUUUUAAACGUAAAUUUUAGUCGAUCUUUCUAAUUUCGAUCCAUUUUGAGAAUCUUCGUCAGGAGCUUAGACUGCACCGUCUCUAGCGAGCGCGCGACGUGGGAUAAAAGGUAUCCCAAAGGUCGUCCCAUUCGUUUUUCGUCAAGUUCUUAAAUUAGUCCUAUUUCGCUUUCGUCACUCAUUCUACCUUCGUCACAGUCGUCGGUGGCUCUCAAUGUAGAAUGAGUGACGAAAGCAGAAUAGGACUAAUUUAAGAACUUGACGAAAAACUAAUGGGACGACCCAAGACGAUACCGGAUAAAAUUACGUUUAAGAUAAUUUUAACAUGUCUUAAUAUUUUUGUGUAGAAAAAGCUACAGAAGUAAAAUUAUUCUGCUUGGAAUUUGGUAUCUGUAGUAAUUUAUAAUUCUUUAAGCUAAAGUAAGGAUACUAAGCACGGAGAAUUUCGUGCACUGACAGACCAUUCACUAUCUCUAUCGCACGCGAAUAAUUAUAGUUCUGUCCCGCUCGCACAGGGCAUUGAUUGUCGCCAUAAUAUGGAGAUGACAGUUCUGCAGAUUUUUUAUAAUUACAAAUUAUUUGUAAAAGAUGUUUCAUUGUAACUGAAUUACUUUAAUAGUACAUGGAUAUGUUGAUUCUAUUUUUAAGUUUAAUGGUACUUUAAGUAUUAAUGCUAAGAUUAAAAGUUUUCGAGAUA